CGUGACUCCCACUCUUAACGACGAGAGGCCAUUUUCUUUUCUCGAUAUACUCGAUUGGAUACCGCAAUUCGAAGACUUGGCUCUUUGCUGAAUCUUAGACCCUAAUAUGAUAUAAUUUUCUUCCCGCGACUGCUUAAUCCCCAGCAUUACCCUCAGUGCCACUACCCGACACCAUGCCUCCCAAAGCAGUCGGCGACCCCAGCGACGAUGCCUAUGUUGCACAGGUCCUUGCACGGGAAGCACGGGAUAGCUCCUUGAAAUAUUCGGCGCAUGGAUUAGAAGCGUAUAUGCCCAAAAGGCCUACAGGUGCCGCUCCUAAACCGAAUACUCGAUUCCUCCGAAAUAUCAUCCGAGAAACAGACAAUCAUAAUGCAGCAUUGAAACGGAAAGAAGAACGGGAGGCCCGGGAGCGAAUGCGACAGUUGAAGACCCAAGCAUCGUCCUCUUCGUCGCAAGAUGCGAAACGCGAACAGCGUCGCAGCCAACGUACAUCAGACGAUCGGGAAUCGCGGCACGAUAGGAGGCGAGAUCGCGAGGGAAAAUCCAGCUCUCACCGGAGGAGGCAUAGAAGUCGUUCAGUAUCUACAGAGAGGGACCAAUCACACAGGAGCCGACGAAGACGCGAAGCUAAGGAUACCGAUGACGACCGGUAUAGAUACUCUAGGAAGAGUCGUCGCAAUCAAUCGUAUUCCCGGUCUAGAAGCCGAUCCCCAGCGGAUCGGGAUGCCGAUUCUCGCAGUCGUCGCCGACGGUAUCGCAGUCGCUACGAUUCUUUGUCGCGAUCCCGUUCCCGGUCCCCGGUAGCUUCUGACAGGCGCAGGAAUAAAGAUCGUGAGCGCGGGAGUCACAGGAGUUCUCGUGGACAGGAGCCUUCUAAAAGGCACCGUACAACAUCACUCAAAGAGCAAUCGCCGCUUCGUGCGCCGCCCCCGGAGAAUUCACCUUCGGAUAAUGAGUCGGAUCCUCUAGAAGACCUUGUCGGGCCCCUACCGGCGAAAGAUGAUAAUGAUGACUAUCCUGCGCCGAUUCGUUCCCGGGGUCGAGGUGCCUACAAGCCCAACAUGAGCAACAUUGAUGCACACUUUGCGCCCGACUACGACCCCACUACGGAUGUGCACUUGGAGGAGGAUGGCGGGCAGGCAGGCAGCAGGACUACUCGCCGGCCCGUCCCAGGUUUAAUGAAUGGCGAUGAUGACUGGGAACUUGCUCUCGAAGCGCUGCGUGAUCGGGCUCGAUGGAAGCAGAGAGGCGAGGAGAGGCUGCGGGAAGCUGGCUUCAGUAACGACUUCGUAGACCGGUGGAAGAGUAACACUACCUCCACGCCAGGAGAAGACUCAGAGGGCAGGUUAGAGGACGUGAAGUGGUCGAAGAAAGGCGAGGGUCGAGAGUGGGAUCGGGGCAAGUUUGUCGACGAGGACGGGCAUAUUGAUGUUAAGGCUUCUUGGUAGCAUUGGUGGUUUGGGGAGUAUAUGCAUGUCUACCUAAGUGGUGGGCUUUCAGCAUCCCGGUAUUCUAUAGGCCACUUUAUUUUUACGAUGAUAUCCAUUGAUACGGGCUACGUGCUGUGUAUCUGCCCAUUAUG